CACUUCUACCGCAGUAUUAGAAUUUUCUCCAGUCGAAUCAAAUUUCAAAAUGACCCUUCUCUCGACCGCGCUAUGUGUACUGGCAGUCAUUUUCAGCCAGUUCAUUGACUCCACCAUCGUAUCCGGUAGAACCUUCGAGGACUUUAUAGCGGAGCUGCGCGCGGAACAGGAGUCCCGGGAUCGCUGCAACAAUGGAACGUUCCGAUCGUGCGUGGAGGAACCAACGAAGAUAUCGCGUCCCUACCAGCUGAAACCGUUCAGGGAUUCGCCGGAUUUUGGAGCCUACUGCGAGCAAAAAUCGCACGGUGGUGGAUGGCUGGUGGUGCAGCACCGCUUCGACGGAUCCGAGGAUUUUUUCCGCAAGUAUCCGGAUUAUAGGAACGGCUUCGGCGAUUUGGAAGGCGAGUUUUGGAUCGGGUUGGAGAAACUUUAUCGUUUGACGGCGAACAGGAAUACCCAACUGCUGGUCGAACUGAAGGACUUUGCCGGUAUUUACAAGUACGCAAAGUAUGACGAGUUUGAGAUCGGAGACGAACAGGAAGGUUACCAUUUGAAGAAGCUGGGGGCGUACUGUGGGACGGCUGGUGAUGGUCUGAGGUAUAGCGAAGGGAUGAGGUUUUCUACGCCAGACAACGACGUCGAUGAAUCGAAAUUCAAUUGCGCGAUCCAGCGAAUGGGCGCCUGGUGGUACAAAGAUUGCACUUAUAGUAAUCUUAAUGGACUAUACGAAGAUGACAAUCAGCAAAGAGCUAUGAAUUGGUUUCCGUUCAAGGAUUCCGACGACGGUUUAAAAUCUUCAAAAAUAAUGAUUCGAGGAUACUGAUUUUGAUAGAUCAGGUAUGUGUUUGUGAUAUGUAUUUGGAAAAAAUAAAUGAAUGUUUGUAAAACCCGCAA